UUUUCAUCAAAGUAUCACAACACAAGAAACGCUCCUUAUUUUCCGUCUACCAGCAAUCAAUCCUUACUAUAAAUACCGAUUCCCAAAUCAAGAACCAAAUCACCCUCUUUUAUCGUCAAGACACCAAUAUCAGCCAACGUCAACAUCUACAUUAACAUAUAUCAACAUCAACACCAAUCUCACUCAAUCUCAACCUCAACCAACCUCAACCAACCAACAUGCAACUGAUCUGCCUUCCCACCAUGUCCUUCACGCGCGCCACUCGAUCACUGCGCAAACGCCUUCUCGGCUCAAAGGCUUUCCUCCCUGCUCACACCGCAGCUGCUUCGUUUCGAUAUUCAAUACCACGGUCCACGGCGUUCCAUUCGCACUCCCACGGCAAACUUAAGCACCAAGCCCAACCUGCGGCCCUUGGUACAGUUGCCGUGCGUGGCAAUGGGCUCACCUCAGGGCUAGAGUCCUACGCUGCCAUGAUGGAGGGCGAUGGCUGUUCAAGAGCCGGGAAGCAUAUUGGCUCUUUCUACCAGCAAUGGGAACGCGGCAGCUUCAUGAUCAGAAAGAGCAAGAUGAUGUAAAGAAGGCUGGCCAGGUUAACUGUGGAGGAUAGUCGCGAUGACCUGGCCGUUUUGUUGAUUUCGCGUUUUGUUUUUCAUCAAGUGCUGGAUUACUUGCUGGC